CCCCUUCUCCGGCACAUACACACGGAUAGAAGCUCCAUGCAGUCGAUUCCGUUGGACGAGUGAAUAUUUACGGAGGAUUUAAAUAGUUGUGUGUGAUAUUAGUCACUCGCAUGUACAUUUCCCCUGUUUUUAUAAGACUAGCUUUUCGCUCAUUAAGUUUUAAUAGAGGAGAACUCUCCAUUAAGCCAGGUAACUAGCUAACUAUCGAACUGCUCAUCCCGGUUGGCAACUAAGACAAAUGUUGAGCGACCACUACUAGCCAACCAACAACUGGAGCUGGAGGAGCCAAAAUCGUGGUUUUGCACAAAAGAAUCCUGAAUUGAGAGACGGCCACUGCCAAAAAGUGAGGCGAGUGAAGAGAAAGACUCUCUCAGCCGCCAUGCCUUCAGUGAUGGAGCGCUCGGGCUCAGGGGUUUUGUCCCGCAGCCGAGCCAAAACGGCUACCAACGGCAACAGCCAGCACUCUGAGGAAGAGAGCAGCGACGAAGAACAUUCACAUGAUAGCAUGAUCCGCGUUGGGGCAGACUACCAAGCACCGAUCCCUGAGUACAAACCAGACUGCACGUCUCGAUACAGUGACAAAGACCAGAGAAGUAUGCUCGUGUGGUCUCCUAACAGCCAGGUGUCUGAUGCCAUGCUGGAUGAAUAUAUCUUAAUGGCCAAAGAGAAGCAUGGCUACAAUAUGGAACAGUCGUUGGGCAUGCUGCUGUGGCACAAGCAUGAUGUGGAGAGGUCCCUAGCAGACCUGGCCAACUUCACGCCUUUUCCAGAUGAGUGGACGGUGGAGGAUAAGGUGCUGUUUGAACAGGCCUUCAGCUUCCACGGCAAGAGCUUCCAUCGCAUCCAACAGAUGCUACCAGACAAGUUAAUCUCUAGUCUGGUAAAGUACUAUUACUCUUGGAAGAAGACGAGGACACGCACCAGUGUCAUGGACCGGCAAGCCCGCAAACUGGUCAGCAAGAGAGAGAAGGAUGACGGUAAUGAGGACCUGGAGGAAGGAGAACCAGGCAGUGACAGCGACUUUGAGGUCGACACAAAGAAAGAGCCCAAGCCUACCUCUGGUGCUGGAAGCGGGAGUGACCGGGGCUCUGGAAGACCAGGCCCAACACGCAAGGAGAACCAGGGGGCUCAGUACCGGCAUCAUCCGCUCAGGGCACGCCGAAGACCCCCAAAGGGCAUGCAUCUGAACCAGGAAGACAUCACCUCAAUUUCUGCUUCCACAGAGUCUGGAACCGUCUCCAACCGUCAGCUGGACACUCAGCUAGUGUCUCUGAAGAGACAGGUUCAGAGCAUCAAGCAAGCAAACAGCGUUCUGAAAAACAGCUUGUCAGAAGGCAUUGAUGUCAUGAGACCAGCUGAGCCUACUCCCAAAAUUAACUCCCGCUGGACCACAGAGGAACAGCUCCUCGCUGUCCAGGCCAUCAGGCGGUACGGUAAAGACUUCGCAGCCAUAGCCGACGUGAUCGGGAACAAGACUGUGAGUCAGGUGAGCUCGUUCUUCGUCAGCUACAGACGACGCUUCAACCUGGAGGAAGUGCUACGAGAGUGGCAAGCAGAGCAGGAGGUGCUCCGGGGAAGCAGCGAGGCCAUGAAGGACCUGAACGGGACUGCAGGGGAGGAAGAUGAUGAGGCAAAGAUGGACGGUAUCUGCCUCGCAGACUCGGGGAGUGCCUCGCCCUCUGAUGCAGCCAGUAACUCCAACUCCAACCAGUCCUCUCCCCCUCUGGCCCAACCCCCACCUUUACUGCGCCCUACUCCCCCGUCUGUCCCUCCAAGCCUGCUUCGCCAGCCUCCACCCCUCCAGACUAGGCCCUUGCAGAACCGCACUCCACACAACCAUCCCCCACCCCCGCUCAUUAGACCUGCUGUGGCGUCGUCCCUCCACCAGGGUGGGCUGAGGAACUCUCCUGCAGCGUCAGGCAGCCAGUUGCCUCCCUCUCUGGUGGGCCUGAAGGUGGAGUCCCCACACUCCCAUUGAUCAGCAUGAAGCGAAGUUGUCUUUUUGCAGUGCUCUGGUACCCGUUAUGACAUUAUUGUUGAAGGUUCUAAACCACUGUAAAAGAGAAGCUUCUACAAAGUGCAGACACUUAUUCCGGGAUGUUUGGUAGAUGCUAGAAGGUGGCAAGUGUUCACAUCUGGCAUAAACAUCCAUUCUGGAUGAUUUUAGUCCUAAAUGGUCAGCACAAAGUGUGUACAAGUUAGAGGCGCUUAACCCACAGCUCACUCAAACCUCAUUUUGAGGAGGUCAGAGAUCAUUAAUAUUAUUAUUGUAGUGUGAAGAGCAAAGCAAAAGUACCAUCCACAUUAAUCGCAUUGCUGCCCAGCCAAAAUAUGAAUACAUAAUUCCGUGACCACACCGACCACCGUCCAGAGGGGUUAGCUGAGCUGGUAGCUACACUAACAAGCAAAUGGGGCAAAUAGAGGUGAUAUUUGUGGCGAUACUUGAAGCACAAACAAAACCUUACAUCUGUUUAGGCUUUGUAAUUUCAUUUUGCACAAUCAUUUUUGGUCAAAUUAUCCAGGAUGUAUGUUAAUGCCAGGUGUGAACAGGGCCAGAGAUAUAACCAGGAAUGGUGACAAACACACAGUCAGACAGGUAGAAUGAGUCAGCAGUCCUGCUUCAACAACACUGCAAAACUCCUCUUUCCUUCCUCUGCAACGAACAAACAGACAAAGAACCCAGCCUCAUUCAUAUCACACAGCAAAAAAACCUCACUCUUACCUUGCCAAAACAAACCACUAACCACACCAACCCAGUAGCCCUCAGGUUGGAAGAAUAUACCUCGUAUUGUGCCCACUUACCCCCCCCUCCCCCUCACAGUUGUAACCACAAGUACAUCAACAGCCACGGCUAUGACCUUUUGACAAGUGGUGUGCCACAGCAGUUCCUGAUACUUGAAUCAAUUUUUAUUUUAUUUCUGGAGAGGGAAGAAGGAGGGGACAAGAACCUUCAGAACUUAUACACUGGAUAGUCAUGGUAAUUAAACGCCUUGACAAAUGAAUCGCAGGUUCCACCAACCCCGUCACCAUGGCAACAGCAGAACAUUUCAGACUGCAACACUAAAAAGACACCACGUCAUGUGCCGAAGUGAACCGGGUGUCAGGAAACUGGAAAUGUGUGUCCUCGCACUUCUGUCAAACAGCCACGUACUGCUAAAAUCCAACUGAGUGAAGUGAAGCAAUUUUUUGUUUGUUUUUUUUUCCUCUCCCCCGUUUCUUCGACUAGGACCCUAAGAUGAUGUUAGGUAGUGAAAUCGUGUAGAGCUAGUCAAUACUGAAGCACUAAAUGACCCGAACAUACUUGACUUUUCUUGUAUCAAACUAUUUCUGAACUACACUGAUUCCUUGAAUUGACCGGCUCGCUCAUGAGGACACAAAUGUAAGUAAGACGUUACACAACACUAAAGAAAAGAGUUUGGUGCCAGAGAGGGUCUCUUCUGGUUUUCUUCCCAAAAAACUUGUAUGUGAGAAAUGUUUACAUGUGAACUUGGAUUGACUUGUGAUUUUAUUUUGUUUGUAUGUUUUUUGGAUUUUUUCCUCUUAUUUUUUAAGAAUAAAGACAGAUAACCAAA